CUGUUUCGAGGGAUUGUGGGAAAGACAACUAUGAGAGUGCGUCUGUGCAGUGUCCAGCAGUGCGCGAGAAAACAGAAAAACUGACCGAAGGGAAAUUCAGAGGCCGUUUGGACAUUUACUUGUUUCAAUAUGAUGCGUUUCCUGUUGCUGUUCAGCCGGCAGGGCAAGGUGCGCCUGCAGAAGUGGUACGCGCCCAUCACGGAGCGCGAGAAGAAGAAGGUGCUGCGGGACAUGACCACGCUGGUGCUCGCACGCAAACCACGCACCUGCAACUUCAUCACCUGGAGGGACCUGAAGAUCGUAUACAAGAGGUAUGCCAGCCUUUACUUCUGCUGUGGCCUUGAAGAGCAAGAUAAUGAGCUGCUGGCUCUGGAGGUGUUGCAUCGGUAUGUGGAGCUGCUGGACCAAUAUUUUGGAAAUGUGUGCGAGUUAGACAUCAUAUUUAAUUUCGAGAAGGCCUACUUCAUCCUGGACGAGUUCCUCAUAGGCGGAGAGAUACUCGAGACGUCCAAGAAAUCCGUCUCCAAGGCGAUAGAGGCCUCCGACAUGCUUCAGGAGACCAUGGAGGAGUAUAUGGCCAAGCCUGCUUUCUAGACCACAGAGGAGAACUGGGAGAACUGAGAGACAGAAUGCGAUAUGGAACCUGGAGUGUCUGUGAGGGAGAGAGGAAGACGUACAGUGGUGUAGUCUACAUAGAACGCAGGUAUACGCAGUAUACCCACCUCAAAAUUUCAGGAAUUUCAUUAUACCCACUUCAAAUUGAUCGAUCCAUUAUUUGGAAUAGCACAAAAUACAGUAUACUGUAUACAGUAUACCCAACUCAUAAAUGAUCAAAUAUACGGUAUACCCACCACAAAAAAGUAGACAACACCACUGAAGACAUAGGACUUAUACGGGACCACAUCCCCCCUCCUCCUCUGCCUUGGGCCAGUCACUGCCUUGCUUGUCCAUGUUUGCUGUAAGAGUUAGUCAUAGGCCUCCUUCUGAACCUCCCCUCUACUGAACACACGGCUCAGGCCUGUUGAGCAAGAUAACCACAAGCUGUCAUUUCAAAAAGGGAUUUACAUUAAAGCACGUACGUGCGUACACACAUUACGAAUGCUAGCCAUACAAUGACGUCACCGCUGCCGAUUGUCAUGUCAGGAUAGAAAGUGACAGUCGUAAGCCGACUGACUGUAAUCAUGUCUGGCCGCUGUCUCAGUCCUGUUUUAUUAUUAUUGUUGUUAUUAUUUUUAUUAUUAUAUUAUUAUGGUAAUCAUGUAUUUAAAAGAAAUUAUAUCGAACUAUUACUAAGUGCCUUUUUAUGUGUAUGUAUGUCACUUUAUGAUGAAUAUUUGAGAUUUUACUGAGCCUUCUCCAGUGCCUCAGGGACUAGUUGGUGAUAAUUACAAGGAAUGACUUUGUUUGUUUUGUUUUGUGGGUGGUGGUGAUAAUAAAUUCUGUAUUUUACAGCACUAAAGAUUUUUUUCAUGAACACUGUACAAUAAACUUUAAUAUUUUGAUAAA